CUGCUCUGCCCGUCCGCCCCCGCGCUUUUCUUUUUACCGCUGAGGCAGUGAAGCACCUCCUCCCUCUCCCCGUUCCCACCACUUCAAGAUCCGAUCCAUCGUCCUGUCCGUCCCAUCCAAUCGCCCCCUCCUCCUCGUGAUCCCGACGCCGACGACGACAACGAAACAGCUCAGUUUCGUGCUUUUCUCCAGUACCCUGCAGCCCCCCCACACCACACCUCCGAAUCACAAGGGUGGCACCGUGGUCCGUGGCAGUAGUACAAGUAGAAACGUCGAGUGAAACCGGGGGAGGGGUCGAGGGAAGAAGCAGGUCAGCAGCGAGCACGCGGGGCGCACCACGAGCGCGCCGCGCGCCGGCACCGGCCACCUACCUGGUCGCCCAACCUAUUGCCUAUAGGAGGGGAGGGGGAUAGGGAGUAGCAGUAGCCAGUAGGCAGUGUAGCACUCCGGCUCCUACUACCACCGCACCUCCAACCCCCGUCCUAUACCAAUCCGCCGCAGGUCUCUAUCUAGUCCGCUUGCCCCCUAUCUCACCCGUCACUGCAGGGAGCUCUCGCUCCGUCUCUCCCUUUCCCUCAGGAGUGGCAGAUCUGUUGGUGUGAUCCCCAGCUUGGAUCUUGAUGAUUUGGUGACUUGAGUGGCCUAUUUUCUUCGAACAAACUGGUGUUCAGGAAGUACGGUUUUCUCAAUCUCUAUUUGAACCACAGCAUGCCUAACUGAAUCAAGUGAUAAUUGUGUUUUGGCCAUACACAGAGAUAUACCUGAAACUUCUGCUUCAUAUGUUCACCCAUCAUAAAGAUGCCAACAAAAGGGCAGGUUAGCAGUGAAAGGAGUGUGAAGAUCAUAUCAGGUCGUGAUGGGCAAAAGAAGGGAAAUUCACAGCAUGACCAAAUUGUACACGUGCCAAAGGACAUGGUCACAGCAGUCAAUGGAAAUGUGGAUGGGAAAUUUGAAGAUAAAGUUAGAGUUGUGAAGAAUGAUAAGUUCCGAAGACAGCGAGAGUCUUGGGGUGGGGAAAGGGCUGCAUGCAUGAAGGGCUCAAAACCAUGGCCUGGUCGAAAGGCAACUACUGUUGAUGAACUUGUCAAACAUAUGUCAAAUGUUCCUUCAUAUUUACAGCGUAAAGAAACUUCCGACCAUCUUCAAGACAAGGCCCUGAAUGUUGGAGUUCUUGAGUGGGGUCUUCUUGCUAACUGGUCUCAGCAACAAAAGCUUGAGCUCGCUAGAAGCCAUGGAGCAUCUCCAUCCAAUACUAGCCGGUCUGUACUAUUCUCAUCUCCAUCACAUUCUUCUGCUAGCCCUAGCAGCAGAUCCCUUGAGAGUAAUCAAUCUACCCCAAUGAGUGACCAUCAUCAUUCAUCCAUCAGAGCCCAGCAGAGCAGGCUCGCAGAUAAACACCAUGGGAAGGCCAGAUGUUCGCCUAGCCCGAAUUCUGCGGUAUUGAGCUUAUUGCCAGGUCAUGGCACACAUCCCUGUCCAGAGAACGGUCGUAAUUAUGUUGACUUGGGUCUCAGCAAUGUUUCUUUAGCCUCAGACUCUCUAGGUUCUUCCUCUAGAAGUUGCGGAAGACAUGAAAUGGUUGAAGAUGAAGAGACUAGAUGGAAGAUUGAAGAUGUUGUCCAUCAUUGUUCUCGUAGGCUUUUUACAGACAGCGAUAACAUUGGGAAACAUUUCUUCACAUCAAAUAACAAUGAUUCCAUGUGUAAUGAUCCUGAACAGAGCAGUGGCUUGAAUGGUGAAAAUUUUGAGUCACUAAUAUCUGAUGAUUUGAUGGACACAGCUAGAAGUGGCAGUAGGUCACCUGAUUGUUUCUUGGAGGAUAUUGAGCUAUCCCGUGAAUUUCCUCGAAUCCCAUAUUCAUGUCCACUUCCCAUCAUAGAUUCAGCAGCUAAAGAGAUUGGCACCACUAGCAUUGAGGCUGGAGAUAAUUUUGUUGGUACAGCUGCAAAAGUAAAUAAGAAUUCUAACCGAAACCAAUCUGCCAUGAAUGUCACUGAGAAUCCUCCCCAAUAUUCUGCAAAGUUUAGUGAUAGGAUGCCUGAUCGCCACAUAGGUUCUGGGAUGAAUCGAGCGAGCCGCAGCUCUAGCCUCAAGGAGUCACCACAUCGACAACCCAAUAUAGUUCCUCCUGUUGAUAAGACAGGAGACAGGUCAUCACCCAACAGCAAAGGUAGGCGAAGCCCAUUGAGGAGGAUGUUAGAUCCAAUAUUAAAGCCAAGACAUUCUAGUCCAGUGCGCCCUUCAUUUGUUCCGAAGUGUCAUCUUCCAGUCAAUACUACCAAGCAGUCUCUGGACUUGGGGGGAUCAGUGCCACAGAAUGUGCAGCGAAGGUCAGUUGAUUUGGUUGUCAAUUCGAAUUAUCCGAUUGAAGCAAAUAUAAAUCAGCCUCCUCGUGUGCUACUGAACAGUGCAAGAUACACCCAGAAAGACAAGGAUUCAGCAACAACAAGGCAAGCACUUCUGCAGCUAGCAUGGAAGAAUGGCUUGCCUUUAUUCAUGCUGUCUUAUGGUGAUUCGGAUAUCCUGGCAGCCACUGUUAGAAGGAAGGGCAUCUCUGAAAAGGAUGAUCUGGAAAGCACAUAUGCUGUAUUCACUGUUGAAGAACCUAAGAAAAAAAGUGGAGCUUGGAUCAAGGCAGGGGGCAAGAACAAGAAACAUAACCUUUUAUCUAGCAUAGUUGGGGAAAUAAAGGUUGCAUGUCGAAAAUCAAGAUGCCACCAUACAGCAGAUGUUCAUGUACACAGGGAAUUUGUGUUAGUUGGUUCCGAAUUUCUACCAUCAUCUGAAGAAUCAGGUGAUUCACAUGUUAGUGGAGAGCUUGCAGCUUUUAUAACUGCACUUCCUCAGCAAGAAGCAGAAACUUCGAAUCAAUCAUCUUCACAGAAUACCAGACAAAGAAAUUCAGCACCAACUGGCUGUGGUUGCCCCCCACUGGGAAACUUCCAGCCUAGUACGAGAAAUGCUAAUUCUGCUUCAGCCAAUGUUAUUGCAGUACUUCCUGAUGGCUUCCAUGGUACAUCAACAACUGGGCAGCCAUUGCCUUUGAUUGAGAGGUGGAAGUCAGGAGGAGCUUGUGACUGUGGUGGAUGGGAUGAAGGUUGCACGCUGAGUAUACUCACUGAUGCGGCCCAAGAAAAUGAUGCCAUUCAGGCUAACCUGGCAAAGGAUGGCAGCCAGCGAUUUGAGCUUCUAGUUCAGGGUCGAUCGCGAGAAGAUAGGCAUGCCUUCAGUAUGACUUCCUUCAAAGAGGGGCUUUAUACAGUCGAAUUCAGAUCAUCCAUUGCGUUACUUCAAGCUUUUGCAAUGUGUAUAGUGAUGCUCCAUGGGAGGUACCCUAGCAGGAUGCAAGUUGGUUCGCAAGCAGCGCAGGAGCAUGAUCUCCUUGCUGGUCAUGAGCUCAAGGCCAUGGCAGCCAGUCAAGGAAGAGCUCCGACCAGCUAUGUGCCACACCGGCCACCUCUUUCUCCUGUAGGCCGAGCCUAGCUUAUUGCGAUUAAAUGUAUGUUCUUUCUGUGUCUGUCCUCUUUCUUCAGUUGUGUAGUGCCGGUGGGAUCGAUAUACCAUGGUCCUCAGGUCCAUAUGCAAUACGCAUAUCCAAAAUGACAAUCUCUGUGCAAGAGUCUUUAGAGGUAGCUACCUGUACAUGUUGUAAUGUGGAUGUUGUAUGACUGUACUAUGAUGUGGCUGCAAGGCCCAUCUCACUGCUUAGUUACCCUUUAUAUGUUCUCCUAUCAGUUGCUUCUGUAUAUGCUGAAAAUCUGAAAUGCACCUGCAAUCUGUUGCAA